GAUGAUAAUAAAAAAACGCAUUUGGAUUGAGACAUGGAGCAGCUCUUUUUUCUUCUCAUUCACGUAUUUGCUUCUUCAUACUUAAUCUCAGCAGGAAAUGACACGAGCAUACAAACUACGUUACCUCCAAACACAAAUGCUACUUCUCCAUGUUCUGCUGAUUCAAGAACAGAAGUCCAAACUGAAAAAACAACAAAUUCUACUUUUUCAUCUCAAUAUGAGAAUAACAUGACCAGCCACACAUCAAAAACUGUGAGCACAACCACAGCUCCUGUAUCUUCUAGCCACACAGGCAGUACUGAUGGAUCCAGCCUCUCUCUACAUAGCACAUCAGGACAGUCCAGCAUUACCAGCUCCAUGUUAACAACACCAAAAUCCUACACUGACACAACUCUAAAUUACACCUCAUCCACAGCGUCCAAAAUAACAGGCAGUACUGAUGGAUCUGGCCUCUCUUCGCAUAAAACAUCAGGUAGUAAUUAUUAACUGCUGAUAAAUGAAUAGCUCACCCAAAAAUGAAAAUUUGCUUAAAUGACUUACCCUCAUGCUAUCCAAGA